AUGUUACCAGAAACGUUGCCUCAAAGAUUAGACAACGAACUGCGCAGCCCGAACAACAACUCGCACCAGCUACCGCGCACUCGUGCGAGUUUGUGCUUGUCACCUACUAGCACAGAUGGCGCCGCUGUCGACAAUAAACGAAGAAGUUGGUGCGGAACACCAUCUGGCGGAGGACCAACACCACCGUUUUUGAGACGUUACGGAGAGUUGGGACAUUUCAAACCACGAAACGAUUCAUUUUUGGAGCCUUACCUUCAGAGCCUAAAUAACCGUCACAGCGUUUCGGUAGGAGCUCCUUCACCUUCACCACCUCCAUUAAGGGCCAUCGGACCUCCUAUUGUAAACUCUUCAAGAGAAUCUUUGAUUUCUUCAAAUGGAGGUUCGGAUGCUAGCAGUGAAGGUAGCGAGGAAGAAGGUUAUGGUGCAACAUGUGAUAUUAGUCUUAUGGAACGCCUAGUGCUUUCCCACCCAAUUUGGUUUUUGCCUGGAAUCCAACGAGCCGGAGCUUUCCAUUUGCUCCAAGGCAAAGAAGAGGGUUGUUUCGUUGUGCGAAAAUCUUCACAAUCAGAUACGAUGGCUCUAUCUGUUAGACUUCCUCCAGAUAAAGGCCCGUAUAUUGAGCACUACUUGAUUCACAGCUCAGAAGGAAGAUUAGGCCUGGAAACGAGCGAAAAUCGCUUUGUAGACAUGGCUGCACUUAUAGCUCAUUAUGCAAGUUGUUGCGACGAGUUACCAGUACAAUUAAUAUUGCCCAAAUCCAUUAGAGACUCAAAAAGUAGGCAACAACUAUCGUCUUUGGCUUUACUAGGACAAGAAUUCUGGAGUUAUAGUCCUCCGCCUUCUUCAGCUUCAAGCCCAGACGCUGAUUUGGUACUCAAUCUUAAUCCUCUAAUGAGUACUUUCAAGCAAGCGGAACCUUCGACUAUGGUACAAUCGAAACCUACAAGACCAAACACCCUAAAUUUGCUCAACAAAAACGAUCCUAAUAAUUCGGAGAUAAUGCGGAGCAUGUCGUCACUAAAUAAGGGGGAUUCGUUAGGGAAAAAUCCACCACCGCCACCACCAAGGUGGUCCAAACCAACAACACCCCAAAACAAUUUCACCGUAACCACAACUGUAACUUUCAGCGUAAACGCCCAAAGUCCUAGUAACGAGAGACCAACACAGUCACAAGUGGAAGUGAUCCAUUGCGACCCGAAACGAAUGUCUCCGGAAGGCCAAUGCAAUAACUCAACCGUAUCAUCCAGAGGCAGUAUUCGAAAUAAAAGCUUAAGCAAUCUGACGUCACCGAAUUCGAUUUUAUCUCCAAGUUCUGAUAGUGUUUUGUCACCAGAUACACUGUCACCUUUAUCUGUUAGUAAAGGAUCUAGACACAGUAAAAGGAAUAAACCAAAAUUAUCCAAACAUUAUCAGGAAAGCGAUAUUAUUGACUCACCAACAAUGCUCUACUACAAGAGCGGUUUAGGUGACAAAAUCAGCGAUUACGAAGACGUAUGGGCCAAUGACGGUACUUUAAUCAAACCAAAGAGCAAUUUAGCUUCUCCAGACAUCUUGCAACACACACCACUAAACAACAACAUUCUAAGUCCUACAGAAUCUACUCAAUGCAAUACUCCAGUGCAAAAUAAUCCCGCAGACAUUGAAACUGCCCCAAAACAAAAAAGCCCUUUUUACGCAGAACCUGCUGAUUCGUUAUCAUCAAUUCCCAAAAGAAUUAUAACAAGACCAGCCCCAGGUAUUCCUUUGCAUCAUAGACAUUCGAAUCCUCCAAUGAAAAUAUUGAGUCCUACUGACAAUGAAAUCAAUAUAAUGUCUUCUUCAGUAGACAAUCUAAGUCCGAAACAACGAUUUUUGGGUUUGAAAAAGCCUGAAGCUAAAGCCGUUUUGCCUCCGUUUAUAAAACCAAAAAUGGCCGGAGGGAGUAGUGAUAUUUGGCAAGUUGAUAACGGAUGGAAGUUUGUCACUAAUGAUGCAGACAUCAAUAUAGAAUCAAGUGAGCCAGAUUAUGAAUCUGAUUGGCCCACAAUUCCUAAUUUAUUGAGCUCCUUGGAAUACACUCCUGACAGUUGCGAUGAUAGAGCUACUUUACAUGAUAUGAUUUCAAAAAGAUAUCCAACCUUGUUGGACGAUGAAAAAUAUCGAAUAUCAUCGUACGACAAUGUGGAUUUAGAGCGGAGGAUGCACAGGCCUCCGCCUUCGGAAAUAAGCGAAAUUACAGAGUUUUCAGAUCCGUGGGCGGAGCCGAAUCAAGUCAUAACUGAAACGGACGAGUCGUAUUCUGAAACUACGACUCCGCAUAAAAUGAAGUGUGCUUCUAUUAACCGGUCUAGGAGUUUCAAGGAGAGACUCGAUCCAUUACUAUCUCCAAAUCGAAUUGAAUCUCUAAAAAACGGAGCCGAAGACAAUAAUACAUCAAGAACGGCAGGCGCAGCGAUCAGAAACUACGCCAUGGAAUUAGCUCAAGACAAAACCACAACAUUUGCUCAAAACAUAGACAAUUUUAUAGCUUGCACGUGCGAAUCGAAAGAAAACAACCCGCAAAUCGUUAUGAGAAACAUGAGGCAAUUUAUGUCAGGGAUGAAAAAUUAUUUGGUCAAACACGGAGAGAAGGGAUUUUACAAAGAAAUUGAACGAGAGAGAAAUAAGCUCAAAUCAACAGAAUUCCUUAAUCUAGACGCCAUUUUAGAAGGCGUCAUGCAUAAACUAGUAGUUAGACCAUUAAAAAACCAUCUCAAUAAAUUAUUUAUGGAUUACUAUACCAAGACUGGAGCUAUAAGGUUGCUGGCUGACAAUAUCGAAUAUGUGUCUAAAAGGCCUGUGGCUGAAUUAGCAAUAAAACCAAAAAUAACUUUACCCUCUGAGAGUGUUUUAAAUAAAAUUUCUCAAUAUAUACAUCGGCUGCAACAGGCUGAUUCUCCUCUGGAAAAACUGGAAAACUUAUUAGCCGCAAUAGCAAUAAUUUUCAAUUCGGUCAAAACUGGUCAGCUAAUUGGUCAACUGGGUGCCGACGAUUUCUUGCCAAUUUUCGUAUGGGUUUUGGUAAAAACCAACUUUGUAGCUGCUGAAAUCGAAGCCGAAUACAUGUGGGGACUUUUGCAUCCUUCCUUAUUUUCCGGCGAGGGUGGUUACUACUUAACUACUUUAUCAUCAGCCGUACACGUACUUAAAAAUUUCAAAAAAAGCUGCGAGGAAAAUAACAAAAAUCAUGAAAACGAUUCUGUUUUAAAAGUCGUUGUUCCUGAUGAACUCCAUGGCUCAAUUUUAACCAAAACUGUUCCUGCAAGGCCUCAAAUGACCACAAAGGAAGUUUGUAAAAUUAUCGCUCAUAAAGCAAGGAUUACAAAUCCGCAGGAUUAUGCUUUAUAUAGACUUACUGAUGGAGAAGAAACAAUCUUGAUGGAUAAUGAAUGUCCUCAGGAUUUUAUGAAAGAAGGCAAACAUACAAUGUUGGCGUACAAAAGGAUCGAUGCAAAAAUUGCCUGGCCCACUCAGGACAAGCUCAAUCUCUAG